AUGGGUUUAUUGGAGCAAGAUAAAAAAAUUAUUGAGCUAUUGUAUACCGAGUCAUCACGUAUUGUUUGUAGUAACUCAAAAAAAUCAGACAAUGAGGUUAAGUUAUGGAGAGAAACAUUAGAUGAAGCAAGUUAUAUUAGUGCAUUAUGUAGACCAACCGAAAAUCAAUUUGGUAUUGUGGGAAUUCAGGUCGUGGGUACAACUAUAUAUCUGAAUAUUCUUGUGAAUGAUCUGGCUGGUAUACCAAGAUACUUCCAUCUAGAUCAUGCAGAAAUUCCAUUAUCCUUUCACCAGUCACGUCUAAAAUCUCCUAUUCGUUUAUUAUUAACCCUGAGAAAUGUAAUGAUCGUGAAUAAGAGUCUUCUAGUGCAGGCAUUAAAACAAGCCACCUCUCAUCCACCUCGAAAUGUUAACCCAAGUCUUACCAUUUCUACGCCACUAUAUAAUAAUUAG